AAAGGAUACCCUACCCAUUACUCAACAUUUUCAACCAACACAACACCAAAUAAUAGUUACACUAACACACAGUAGUGAACAACAACUCCAACAACAACAAUCAACAACAACAACAACGUUGUAGUGUGUUGUUUUGUUUUUUAGUGCAGUUUAUUUUUUUGGCAUCAAAGUGGUUGAAUCCAUGGAUUCUGAUUAUGGUAUUCCCAGGGAACUCUCAGAUCUUCAAAAGAUUCGGUCUUUGUACCAGCCAGAGCUCCCUCCUUGUCUCCAGGGAACCACUGUGAGGGUUGAAUUUGGUGACGCAACCACCACUGCUGACCCCACUGAUGCACUCACCGUCUGCAGGGCUUUUCCUAACACUUAUGGACACCCUUUGGCUCACUUUCUCAGGGCCACUGCCAAAGUCCCUGAUGCUCAGAUCAUAACUGAGUUCCCUCCUAUUAGGGUGGGGAUUGUCUUUUGUGGGAGACAAUCUCCUGGAGGGCAUAAUGUCAUUUGGGGUAUCCACAAUGCUCUCAAAAUUCACAAUCCCAACAGUGUUUUGCUUGGAUUUCUUGGUGGUUCAGAAGGUCUAUUUGCCCAGAAAACUCUGGAGAUAACUGACGAUAUUCUUUCGACGUACAAAAAUCAAGGUGGUUAUGAUUUGCUUGGGCGGACGAAGGAUCAAAUUAGGACCACAGAACAAGUUAAUGCUGCACUUGCUGCAUGCAACAAUUUGAAACUUGAUGGCCUUGUCAUAAUCGGAGGGGUGACAUCAAACACAGAUGCUGCACAGCUUGCUGAAACAUUUGUUGUAGCAAAAUGCCCCACAAAGGUGGUUGGUGUUCCUGUCACUCUGAAUGGAGAUCUUAAAAACCAGUUUGUAGAAACUAAUGUUGGUUUUGAUACAAUUUGUAAGGUUAAUUCUCAGCUCAUCAGCAAUGUCUGCACUGAUGCUCUCUCUGCAGAGAAGUAUUAUUAUUUCAUCCGUCUUAUGGGACGCAAGGCAUCACACGUUGCUUUGGAAUGCACCCUCCAGUCCCAUCCAAAUAUGGUAAUUCUUGGUGAGGAGGUUGCUGCAUCAAAGCUUACCCUUUCUGAAAUUGCAAAACAGAUUACUGAUGCAAUUCAGGCUAGAGCAGAGCAAGACAAAUACCAUGGAGUCAUUCUCCUUCCAGAAGGGCUGAUAGAGAGUAUUCCUGAAGUGUAUGCCCUCUUGAAGGAAAUUCAUGGUUUACUCAGACAAGGUGUUGAAGUUGACAAGAUAUCUUCUCAGCUAACACCAUGGGCAUCUGCUUUAUUUGAAUUUCUGCCACCCUUUAUUAGGAGACAGUUGCUCCUUUACCCUGAAUCCGACGACUCAGCACAGUUAUCACAGAUUGAAACUGAGAAAUUACUAGCAUAUCUUGUGGAAGUCGAGAUUAACAAGCGUCUGAAAGAAGGCACAUACAAGGGGAAGAAAUUCAAUGCCAUUUGCCACUUUUUUGGUUAUCAAGCUCGUGGAUCUCUGCCAUCAAAAUUUGACUGUGAUUACGCAUAUGUCCUUGGGCACAUCUGCUACCAUAUACUGGCCGCUGGUCUAAAUGGAUACAUGGCAACUUUAACUAACCUGAAGAAUCCAGUAAACAAGUGGAAAUGUGGGGCUGCUCCAAUUGCAUCUAUGAUGACUGUAAAGCGCUGGUCUCCAAAUCCAGGAGCUACAUCAAUUGGAAAACCUGCUAUUCAUCCAGCUACUGUGGACUUGAGAGGCAAAGCAUAUGAGCUGUUGAGACAAAAGGCACAAAGCUUUCUUAUGGAUGACAUCUACAGAAAUCCAGGUCCACUUCAGUUUGAUGGUCCCGGCGCAGAUGCCAAGGUUAUAACUCUUUCUGUUGAAGACCAGGACUACAUGGGCCGCAUUAAGAAACUUCAGGAGUACCUUGAACAGGUUCGAACCAUUGUCAAGCCAGGAUGCCCUCAGGAGGUUUUGAAAGCUGCUCUAAGCGUCAUGGCGUCGGUUACCGAAGUUCUAGCUGCAAUGUCAACAUCUUAUACCAACACCCUGGCAUCCCUGUGAGAGUAGCAGAUGGAAGUUGUAUUCUUCCAUAAAAAUUCUACAUUUUAUAGCCAUGGAAGUAGUUUUUGAUUGGAAAUAAGAGUUAUAGCUGACAUGGUGCACGUCAACGUGAGAUGAGAUUUACUGUAAUCAAAGUUUUGGCUCUCUAUGUUCCCAACUGGGUAAUUUUUUUGUUUUUUGUUUUUUGUUUUUUGUUUUCAAAGACAUGUGGGAUCCAUGUGAAAUUGUUUGAUAACUUAGCUUGCUGCUUGAAAUUAUUAUUGUUCUUUUUAGGACAUCUCUUUUGAUAUUCCAAACAUUAUAUUUGAGGUGUUUUCUUCCUAACUUUAUUUGGUAUCCCAUAAUGAAAUUCCGACCCUUUAAAUUCUAA